AUGCAAAGUCUCGCGCCAUUUCCACCAUUUGAUUACGAAAUCGACAAACUCAACGCUGGACCAAGAUGGGAGAAAUGGAUUGGUCGUUUAGAAAAUCUAUUCACUGGUUUGAAUCUUAAAGAUGAAAACAGGAAAAGGGCACUGCUUCUUCAUUACGSCGGUGAAACAGUCUACGACAUAUAUCAAGCAGAAAAAGGCGACAGCGCUAACUCGUACUCAGCAACAAAACAAAUCCUCUCUCAGUACUUCGCACCGAAGAAAAACAUCCAGAUGGAAAUUUUUAAUUUCAGGAGCUGCAAGCAAAMACUCAGCCAAUCACUCGACGAAUACAUCACGGAAUUAAGGAAGCUUGCAAAACAUUGUGAAUUUACGGACACUGACAAUGAGAUACUUUCUCAAGUUAUUCAACACUGCCGUUCUUCACGAUUGCGAAAGAGAGCACUGCGUGAACCGGACAAGACUCUGAAAGACAUCAUCGAAAUCGGAAGGUCUCUAGAAUUAUCUGAUCAGCAUGCUGCAGCCAUCGAAGAUGAAUCAGUCAACGCCAUGAGGGAAUCUACGAAAACUCAUAAAAAAUCAACUUUCAAGCCAAGAACCAACGCUCGACGCGAAAAGCCAAUAUCGCGCAAUCAUCAAAUAAACAACCCGACAAGCAAGCACAGUACAUGUCACAACUGCGGUGGAUCAUUUCCUCACACUAAAGAAUGUCCAGCCAAAGGAAAAAUCUGCAAUAAUUGCAAAAAACSAAAUCAUUUCAAGUCCGUCUGCCAAAAACUUCGACGAAAGAAUCAAGUUAGAGCCYUUGAGAACGACAACACAGCGAUCGACUCAGAUCCGGACAGCGAUGGCAGCUUGCUAUACUGCAUAAAGAAUCUCGAAUYAAUCAACUCAAUCAGCUCCCUACCRAUAGCUAAUCUGAAAAUCAACGACACUGAAGUGAAACUCCUAAUCGACACGGGCUCAACAAUUACACAWCACAUCAAAGACACGCCAUUCACAUCGAAAUAUCCACAUCUAUUUGACGGGAUCGGUAAACUCAAAGGAACAACAGUUAAACUACACAUUGACCACACCGUUAAGCCGGUAGCGCAGAGACCUAGAAGAGUACCAUUCCAUCUCAGAAACAAAGUACAAAAGGAAAUAGAAAAACUUGAGGAACAAGAUAUCAUAGAAAAAGUCCUAGRAGAACCAACGCCAUGGGUUUCACCCAUUGUCAUCGUGCCUAAAAAAGAUCCAAACGAAGUACGAAUUUGUGUCGAUAUGCGGGAAGCAAACAAAGCUAUUCUUCGUGAACGACACCAAAUGCCUACAAUCGACGAGCCUACUUCAGACCUCRACGGAGCAUCAGUAUUUAGCAAGAUUGAUUUAACCUCAGGUUACCACCAACUAGAAUUAAGUCCAGAUUCCAGGUCGAUCACAACGUUUGGUACACACAUCGGAUUAUUUAAAUACAAACGAUUGAACUUUGGUAUAUCGUCUGCGUCAGAAAUAUUUCAAGAAACAAUUCGUAACGUCAUUCAUGACAUUCCCAACUCUAAAAAUAUCAGCGAUGAUAKUAUCAUUUAUGGAAAAWCACAAGCUGAGCACGAUCAAGCUUUAGACAAGGUAUUUGAACGCCUACACUCAAAGGGACUAACUGUAAACAAAAAGAAGUGUUUAUUCAACCAAUCACAGAUUGAAUUCUUUGGUUUAAUCUUUAGCAAAGAUGGAGUUUCCCCAGAUCCUAAGAAGGUCAACGAUAUCAAGAACGUAAGCACUCCUACCAACACCUCCGAAGUUAAAAGCUUUCUCGGGAUGACGAAUUACAGCGCUCGCUUCAUCAAAGACUACGCAACWAUCAGCGAACCACUACGUCGACUAACAAAGUCUGGAGCUGCGUUUGUCUGGACAAGUGAACAAGAAAACGCCUUUACUGCACUAAAGGAACACUUGAGAAGCGACGCUAUCAUGAAUUAUUUUGAUCCAUCUAAUUGA